AUGAUGAAAUCAAAUCAAUCGACUAGAACCCUUUCCAUUAUUCUCUUCUUCCUAUUCAUCAUCGUCAUCAACAAUAUUCCUCUCAUUAAUGCCUGGAAUUACACACUUGGAACUCUCAUUCCCAACAUCCAAACUUUGUCCACACCUUCUCAAUUAAUUCUCGUGAAUCCUUCGAAUGGUGCUGCUCUCUCGAACUCCUUUUCGACGAAUCAAAUUCUUUUACAAGUCUUGAUUCCGAAUGAGAGUCCACAACAAACACCUCUAUUGAAUUAUACAGGAACACAACUCUCCAUGGGAUGGAUUGAACUAGAGGCUCUUUCAUUUGUAAAGGAUGAUGUUUUGCCAAUUGUACCUUCUGUGACACUUCCAUUGCCUUCGAAUAGUACGAUCAUUCCUCCAGCACCUUCAGUGAUUUCACCUUCUUUAUCCAUUGCAGUACCGAAUGUAUCCCUCUCAUCGAAUGCCACGAUGAAUCAAGGAAAUUCAAAAGAAAAAUUUGAAGAUGAACAUGCUCGAUCGCGUUUGGAUCCCUAUCGACAAUUAGUGACACAGGUGAAAGAAUGGAAAAACAAACAAAAUGUAUUAUCCAAUAACAAGAAGAAUGAUCGUAGACAGAGAUUUUACACACCACUGACAGGUUAUUAUCCCGUUUUGGGAACUUUUGGAGGAUCGCUGUCACCCAGCAAUUUUCAAAGUCAAGUCUCGUAUUUUAUCUCACAAAAAGCUUUAAACUCGUUUCGAUUGGACAAUGUGACGAGUUCGAAUGGUGUGAAUUUGUGGAAAACCACUUCUGUGGAAUUUACUGAAACUGUCUUUGGCUUGAAGGCAAAACAAGGUAAUUCAUCUCCACACACGAUCUAUGCCAUGACAAGUGGCAAGUUAUGGCUUGUGAGUAAUGGAAAUCUUUUUUCAUUAAUUACCAAUGCAGCAAGUACAGAACAAGACUCGACAGAUGGCACCUAUGGAUCUGCAAGUAUUUACAGUGAUGGAAAUUAUCAAGAUAUUGAAAUUACAGAAGAUAAUGAUGUUUAUUUUCUUGAGAAACGUAAAUUGAGAAGACUUCGUGGUGGUGUCGUUACAACCCUCGUGAAUUAUGGUAUCAAUGUAUUUUCAGAUGGAGAUGUUACCACUGCAAGAUUGAAUCAACCUUCAUUUAUGACAAGUGCUUUUGGAAUGCUCUAUAUUUCAGACACUGGUAACAAUCGAAUUCGAGCGUUUAACAUGACGAGUGGAAUCUUGACCACUAUUGCUGGAUCAGAUUCUGGUACUUCAACGACAGGUCUUACGGACACAACACUUGGAGAUGCUCUAAAGUAUUCUCUAUCACAACCAAAAGGUAUUGCUGUGAAUAGGAAUAAUGGUGUGAUUUACUUUGUGGAAGGACUUUCAAUUCGAACAUUGACUCCUCAAUGUGAUUCUGAAAAAGAGGAACCAAUGACUGAAUAUCCAUUUUGUAAAUGCAAGAAUGGACUCUUUUACAAUGGAAGUAAUAUUUGUGUGUCGUCGCUAUUGAAUAAUGUAUUUGGUUUUCAAGACUAUGUCGUGAGACAAUCACAAUUCAAAAUCUCUUGGACCGUUGAAUCAUUUUCGAUCAGUGCUGAUUUCCAAAAUGCUAUCAACAAUUCAUUUACAAACUACAAGUAUAGUUUUGAAAUUUAUUCAGGUGAAAGUGAAUUACUGUCCUCCACACAACGAACUGGACGAGCAGUCUAUUUUUACUAUAAUCGACAAUUUAGAUUUUUACCACCCAUUGUCAUUGAAGCCAUGCUGAACACAACCAUUGGAGAUCGAGUAGUUUUUAACAUGGUCAUUGAAAACUCUCAAGCUCUAUUCUCUAAAAAUUUGACUAUUUUGGAAAUGCCACAAAUAACUUCCUCUCAAAUAACAGGUUUUUAUCCAUCUGUUGGAGUCGCAUUGACCACACCCUUCAUGAUGAAUAUAACUCCUAUCAGUACCAGUGGAGUUUUUGCUCAAAUGGCUCCUUUCAGUUAUGCCUUUGGUUUUUACAAACCAAUUGGAGAUGAAAAUUAUAUUCGAGUGACUGAUUUUGUCACACCUGCCACUGAUACGACUCCAAUUUCUAAAACUUUCCCUUUACCAUUUCUGGGAGACAAAUAG